AUAAUGCAGGUUCUUGCUAAAUCAACUGCGAUUCUCCAACUGGCCCGAGCCAAAUGUGGGAGCCUUUGCUCAAAGCACAGUUAUUGUUUUCAAGUGAGGCACCUGUCUGGAUCUAAGGGUUGGAGGAUGAGGCUCAUCCAGUUCCUGACUGUUGGUGAUCAGAAUGGAGUAAGAGUGGGAGUAGAGAAGGACGGAGGGAAUGUUGUUGAUCUGAAUUUAUUUGACAGUUCCCUACCAAGAACCAUGAAGGAGUUUCUGGAAAAGGGAGAGACUGCCAUGGAAACUGCAAGAAGAGCCCUGGAUUGUGGAAAGCAUGCCCUACAUCACUCAGAAAUAACGCUUCUGCCACCUGUGACUAACCCAGACAAAGUGGUGUGUGUUGGGUUGAACUAUAUGGACCACUGCCAGGAGCAGAAUGUGGCAAUCCCUAAGGAGCCAGUUAUAUUUAGCAAGUUUGGGAGUUCCAUAGUGGGGCCCUACAGUGACAUCAUUCACCCAGCAGAGAGUAAUGAAGUGGACUGGGAGGUGGAACUGGCAUUUGUCAUUGGGAAGAAAGGAAAGCACAUAAAGAAAGAAGCAGCAAUGGACUACGUGGCUGGAUUCACCGUUGCACAUGAUGUCAGUGCACGUGACUGGCAGAUGAAGCGAAAUGGCAAGCAGUGGCUCUUGGGUAAAACGUUUGACACAUUCUGUCCAUUGGGACCAGCCAUAGUCACCAGAGAUGCUCUCUCAGACCCCCACAACCUGGGAAUUCGUUGCCGGGUUAAUCAAGAAGUGAUGCAGGAUAGCAACACCAAUCAGCUAAUAUUUAAAACAGAGGCACUUGUCGCUUGGGUGUCACAGAGUCUUGAUGGGAUAUUGUUUGGUUGCCAUGAUCAGGAAAGCCUGUAUAACUGGGAACAGGGCCCUCCUGUACCUUUUGUCAGUCUUCACUGUCAGUAGCUGAUCCACUAUUGGAAAAAUGUUAAACAAAAACAAAAACAGAAUUACCUGGAAAAACUCAGCAGGUCUGGCAGCAUCGGUGGAGAAGAAAAGAGUUGACGUUUCGAGUCCUCAUGACCCUUCGACAGAACUUGAGUUCGAGUCCGAAAAAUGUUGUUGUGGGACGACUUAGUGAUUGGCAGUCUUUGCUCACCAUGUCACAGAGUACAGUAAAGGAGCUUAUGGGCAUUUCAAAUUACACAGUGGUACCUCCCUAUACUUCACCCACCCUAAACAACCUGCUGCUGAAGUCAAUGAUUGCUUAUUCAUCAGGAGAGGGCCUGCUUAUUUUGCAGCUAGCCUCCACAUCUGGAGGUUGUUCCGGCUAUCCGCCACCCACCAACUUUGUUGAUAUCUGCAGGCAAAAGGGGCAGGAUCAUGAUAUCUGGGAACUCCUUCACCCUUAAUCCAGGUAGAACGUAAAAAUUAGGAGCAUUUGGCCCUUCCACCCUGCUCCGCCAUUGAAUAAGAUAAUGGCUUCAACUCCACUUUCCUGCAUGCCCCCCAUAACCAUCGACUCCCUUGCAGAUCAAAAAUCUAGCUUUGUCUUGAAUAUAUUCAGUGACCCAGGCCUCCACUGUUCCCUAAGGUAGAGAAUUCAAAAGAUUAAA